CUGCCAUCUGGGACCUCGUUCAGUCGCUCAGUCACUCGGCCAUCAAUCUAUUCACUCCUUCAUCUUCAUUCAGCGCUUCAUCAUGCGUAUCUCUACAAGAAUGCUCGUCAUUGUUUUACUGGCUCACGCUGAAAGCGCCCUCGGCGGAAGCAGACACUGGGAAGCAAAGGCACCAAACAAGCAGACAAAUCCUAGCCCAGACUACCCGGCUACUGAUGUGCUCAACGCGACAUCUUCACUUCUCAAACGUGCUAUUUCCAUCGAUAAUCGACCAGGUAACAACGCUUUACCACGCAUCUGGCCUAACAAGAAGAUCAGAUACUGUUUUGUGGAACCUGAUCACGUGAUCCGGGGACUGUGGGAUCUGGCAAGAAACGCGUGGGCGACGCUUGAGGCAAAUGGUUUCAGCUACGAAGAAGUCACAAACAGGGAACAAUGUGAAGCAGAGAAAGCAACCAUUCUUCACAUUCACUACAACAAUCACGGCAAGCUAGCCACAACCCUUGGAAUUCCCUCCAUCGAUGAGAAAUGGAACAAGGAAAACCCUGAUAGAAAGGUUGAAGGGCCAUUUAUCCAUCUGUCCGACCUACAGGGCAUUGGUCAGGAUAACAUCGCUGCCAACGUCGCGCACGAGCUUGGCCACGCCUGGGGUCUUGUCCAUGAGCAUCAGAAUCCAUUUUUUUGGGAGCUAACCCCUGAGGAUGCCCGAAACGGCUGGGCAUUCCCCCAAACCAAAGGGAUGGUAUCUAAGUUCAAGACCAGUGACUUCAAAUGCGAUCGUAUGAAGGACUAUAAAGAGGCCCACGAUGCGGUGCGUGCCAAGAUUGCUGAGGCAAUAGCGGAUGGUAAAGAACUUCUGCGUGGAGAGUUGGAAGUCGAUCUCGAGCGCCUUUGCAUUUCCCGUGGUGCCGCAUUCAAACACAGGUUCCUGGCUAGCGAAUGGCUCCCUUACUCAAAUACUGGCGGCUUCGUUAUGGACGAGGAGUUUGACCCACUCUCACUCAUGUUGUAUCCUUCUGGUGCCGGUGGUAUAGGUUCUGGGAAUAACCGCGCUCAAGUCAUGGUCUAUAAGGACGGUGCCCCGAUUCCAAAUCGCUUGGCUCCCACCAACAGGGACAUUGCCCGUCUCCUCGCUUUAUACAGUGAUACGGGCUCGUCGACGCCGGCUGAGCCGCAUACUUCGAAAUCGAGCAAACUGAAGAAUGCAUUUAGGAAAGCCCGCAUUUUCCUAAAUCGUGCUGGUGAUACUGUAUCAGGGCUGUGCUAG